GCCUAACUUCUGCCCAACGUCAGGCGCGCUUAGACCCAGCCGAUCCACCCUCGUAUGUACCAUCUACGGGCUCGGGCGAGUAGAGCAAGAACAGCAGCGCGAAAAUCCGCCGCCGCCACAGCACCUCCCGGCGCUGCAGUUCACCGCCGCCCCAGCACCUCCCGGCGCCGCCAUCCACCGCCACCCCAGCACAUCCAGGCGCCGCAGUCCACCGCCGCCCCAGCACUUCCCGGCGAACUCCCGUUCCUGGACAUAUCGACUGUUGGGGCGGGAGCAUGCUUGGCGUGCUCAAGCCAGGUCGAUCUGGCGCAAGAAAGGGUUUCGUUCUUGUGCAAGAAAGGGUCCAACUCUGGCAAAAGAUUUCGGAGGUGCAGGCAGCAGUACUGCUUCAGUUGGAUCUGGGAGGAACAGCUUAGCAAGUACGUGAAUGAAAUGGUGAUUCACAAGACAGCGGCGGAAAUCCGAGUGUUGCCUGAGGCACUGGAAGUUGCCAGUAAUCAAGUUCAGCACAAGGAGGACCAAAUUCGAGCAAGGGAUGAACAACUGGAGCUAGCCCUGGCGCAAAUCGCCUCCUUGAAGACCACUGUGGAGGAAACCGGCACUAGCUUAAACACCUUAAAGAUGUUGUUCUGGGGGUUGAUUUUUCUGUUUGCUGUUGGGUUUGUAGCCCUGAUCCAAAUGUAGUAGGCUGUUCUGUGUCUCUGAUAGUGCUAUCAUAUUGGAGCUAGUCUUAGUCAAUUAAUUGUUAACCAAUUGUGACCAGACAUGCUAAUGUUCAAGAUGCUUGAGUGCCUAGAUCUAUGUUA